AUGACGGGCACGUUGCGCGUGGCGGCCGACCCGCCGCUGCGGUCGAGCGAGGAGAAGCAGCCGCUGCUCACCGCGUCGUCGCGUGGCCAGGAGCCUCCUCGUCGGGCCUCGGGCCUCGGCGACCGGUACCCGUCCCAAGACGCCACGUGCUGGUCGUCUGCCAUGUUCACGUGGGUGACGCCGAUCAUGAAGCUUGGCAGCCAGCGCCCGCUCGAGCACGACGACCUGUACCUGUUGGACCCUGCGAACCGCGCGCGCCAAGUGUCGACGACGUUCCAGGAGGCGUGGAAGAAGCAGUGCCGUACGGCUCGUGGCCGGCCGAGUCUCGCGUGGGUGCUGGCGUCGUGCUUUGGCGGACAGAUUGCCAAGGCGGGCCUGCUGAAGCUCGUGCAUGACUCGCUGCAGUUCAUCGGACCCAUGCUGAUCAAGGCGAUCAUUGCGUACUUGCAGGACCCUGACGCGCCGUUGAGCGAGGGACUCGUGUACGCCGCGAUUGUGUUUGUGUCGGGCGUCGCCCAGUCGUUCUUGCUGCGGAACUACUUUUUCCACUGCUUUGAAGCCGGUAUGCGGAUCCGGUCAGCUGUCUGCACGGCAGUGUACAACAAGAGCCUCGUGCUGUCGGCUGCGGCGAGACAGAAGAAGACGACGGGCGAGAUUACGAACCUCAUGUCGGUUGAUGCGCAACGACUGCAGGAACUGUCAACGUAUGUCAAUAGCGUCUGGUUCUCUUUUUUCCAGAUCACCGUGGCGUGCUACUUGCUGUGGCAGCAGAUCGGGCCCGCGACGCUUGCCGGUGUUGCAGUGAUUGUUCUGAUGCUGCCGCUCACGGCGGGGUUCUCGAAACUCAUGCGGCGUCUGCAGUUGGCAUUGAUGGAGGUGAAAGACGAGCGCAUUAAAGUUUGCAAUGAAGUGCUGGCCGGCAUGAAGGUCAUCAAGCUGCAGGCUUGGGAACACUCGUUCACGAAACGUGUGCUGGAAUAUCGCGCAGAAGAGCUCAGCAAGCUUCGCACGUACAUCUACGCUCGUAGUGGAUCUAUGACUCUCUUCUCGGCGAUGCCCUCGGUGGUGGUUGUGGCAUCGUUCUACGCGUACGUCAAGCUGGGCAACACGUUGGAGGUGGGCACUGCUCUCACGUCGCUAGCACUGUUUAAUAUCUUGCAAUUCCCGUUGUUCAUGCUACCUCAAGUACUGAAUUCAAUCGUCGAGGCAAGUGUGAGUGUUGAUCGCUUGAGCUCGUACUUCCAGGAAGAAGAACGCGAAGAGGUUCGACCUGGCGAUCUAGACCGCGUCGGUAUUCGCGUGAGCAAGGCUGACUUCAUGUGGGAUACAGCACCGAGUACUGCUGCACCGGAUACAUUGUCACGUACACAGGAAGAAGCGAAGUUGCUAGGGGAAGACUUAGUCGUGGACCAGGACGCGUCGGGACGUGGCAACAGUGCGCCUGUUCUACGAAAUGUGAACUUGGAGGCUCAAUCGGGUGAACGUAUUGCUAUUGUUGGUCACGUGGGCGCCGGUAAGUCUACGCUUCUAAGUGGGAUUCUCGGUGACGCUCGAUGUAGCCGUGGUGGGGUAAGCCUUCGUGGAUCUGUGGCCUAUGUGUCGCAACAGCCAUUCAUUCAAAACGCGACACUUCGUGAAAACAUUUGCUUCGGCUUACCGUUUGACGAAGGGAAGUAUGCUGAGGCAAUUAAGGCCAGCUCGAUGCGAAAGGAUCUAGCUGCGCUGCCUGGUGGGGACCUUACGGAGAUUGGCGAAAAGGGAAUCAAUCUCAGUGGUGGACAACGUACUCGCGUAGCGCUUGCCCGUGCAGUAUACCAGGACGCCGACAUUUACCUGCUUGAUGAUAUCUUGUCGGCUGUGGACAGCCACGUCGGGUAUGACAUUUUCAACGAAUGCAUAAAGGAAUGCCUGAAGCAUAAGCUCGUGCUGCUAGUCACGCAUGGUCUGACGUUCCUUACCGAGUGUGACAAGAUUCUGGUGCUCGAAAACGGCGCGAUCGUGGAGGAGGGCACUUACGAGCACCUUGUGACGAAGGAAGGCGGACUUCUGAUGGACCUUAUCGCCAAAUACAAAUUCCAAGAGCAGAAGGAGCCAAACGCGGUUGAAGAGGUUACUGUCACUUUGCUGGAUGAGCUGGAGGAGGACGAAGAGGACAACCCCACACCCGAACGUCUGGGUAGGAGACUGAGCCGCGUGUCUGUGCGGAGCGAACGAUCGACGAGCGAAGGAGAUGUGAAUACUCAACUAAUCGUUGACGAGGACCGUUCCGUGGGCGAUGUUGUGUGGCCGGUGUACAAGACAUGGAUUGUGGCAUUUGGCGGAAUGGCUGCUGGUCUGCUAGUGAUUGUCAUAUUCAUUGGUACUCAAUUCGUGAAUUUGCUGUCGACGUGGUGGAUUUCGUUUUGGUCAGAAGACUCCACGAAGAAUAGUGGCCAGUCAAAGCACCGAUCGCAGAUGUUCUACGUGUAUGUAUACAUGGGCCUCAAUGGAGUAUACGCUGUGGCGCUGUACGUUCGUACCCUCGCUAUAUACAGAGGAGGUCUUCGUGCGAGUCGGGUGUUGUUUCAAGACUUGCUGGCUCGCAUCCUGCGUGCUCCGACUUCCUUUUUUGACACAACACCCACGGGCCGUAUUGUAAAUCGUCUGUCGAAAGACGUGUACACUCUUGAUGAGAGCAUUCCUGCUACGUGGAGCAUGCUUCUUAACACUGUCGUGGGAGUGCUGAUGACAUUGGCCACUAUUUCGUACGUAACUCCGAUUUUCAUGGUGGUGCUGCUGCCUCUCGUAGUCGGCUACUACUUUUCGCAGCGAUACUUUAUCAGUUCUUCGCGUGAGCUACAGCGUUUGGACUCCAUCAGCCGUUCUCCUGUAUUCAGUCUACUGUCAGAGACUCUUGACGGCUUACCAACUAUCCGUGCGUAUCAUGCAGAACCCCAGUUCAGCAGGAAGAACGAAGAGUUGAUCGACCGCAAUCAGCGUGCUUAUUACUUGAACUUUGCGGUGAACUGCUGGUUGGCGCUUCGUCUCGAGUUUGCCGGGACACUGAUUGCAGCUUUCGCCGCGCUAAGUGCUGUCCUGGCCCAUAGUUCGGAUCCGGAGCGUGGGGCUAGUUUUGCUGGACUUGCAGGUGUAUCCCUUACGUACGCAUUCAGUGUCACGCAAGCGCUCAAUUGGUCUGUGCGCAUGCUUAGUCAGUUGCAGACGCAGAUGGUUUCUGUCGAACGUAUCAAGAACUACACGAUAAUGGACACGGAGGCCGAGCUCACUAGCGUGGGCAAGCUUCCUCCUGCUCAGGAAUGGCCCUCGGCAGGUGCUUUGGAAUUCCGCGGUGUAAAUUUGCGCUAUCGCCCAGGCCUGCCUCGUGUGUUGCGCAACUUGUCUUUCUCUAUUCGUCCGCAGGAGAAGAUUGGCAUUGUGGGUCGUACGGGUGCCGGAAAGUCAAGCCUCGUUGUGGCUUUGAUGCGCCUCGUCGAGCUGGACAGUGGCUCCAUUGUCAUUGACGGACUGGACAUUAGCACCAUUGGAUUGCACGAGCUGCGCAGCAAGAUUUCGAUCAUUCCGCAGGACCCGGUUUUAUUUUCAGGCACUGUGCGUAGCAACGUUGAUCCAUUUGGCCAGUAUACGGACGAGCAGAUAUGGACGUCUGUACGUCGUGCCCAUCUCGCACACGUGGUAACUGCACUCGAUGGUGCUGUCGACGAAAAGGGCUCGAAUUUCAGCGUCGGAGAGCGUCAGUUGCUGUGCAUUGCACGCGCCCUGCUCAAACGCUCGCGCAUCAUUCUCAUGGACGAGGCGACAGCCUCUAUCGACACUGAAACCGACCGCAAAAUCCAACGCAGCAUUCGCGAGGAGUUCCGCAACUGCACAUGCCUCACAAUCGCACACCGCAUCAACACUAUUCUUGAUGCGGAUCGCAUCCUUGUCAUGGAGCGUGGUUCUGUUGGCGAGUUCGACACGCCGCAGGCGCUCCAAAUGAAGCAGGAUGGGCUUUUCAAGGCACUCGUGGGGCACUGGAAGAACGAGAACAAGUAG